AUGCUAUGCCCAACCCUUCAAGGUUCAACACCUUGCCUUGAGUCGCUUGGCUUCUCCGCCCGACUCCAUUGUAGCGGUUCAAUACCUUCACCUCGAGAUGCCUGGCUUCCCAGCCCGACUCCAUUACAGCGGCAAGCUCCGCAUGCGAGGUCCAGUACCCUCGCCUCGAGUCGCCUGGCUUCCGAGCCCGACUCCAUUACAACGGCAAGCUCCGCAUGCGAGAUUCAGUACCCUCGCCUCGAGUCGCCUGGCUUCUCAGCCCGACUCCAUUAUAGCGACAAGCUCCGCAUACGAGGUCCAGUACCCUCGCCUCGAGUCGCAUGGCUUCCUAGCAUGACUCCAUUACAGCGGCAAGCUCCGCAUGCGAGGUUUAGUACCCUCACCUCGAGUUGCCUGGCUUCUCAUCCCGACUCCAUUAUAGCGACAAGCUCUGCAUGCGAGGUUCAUUACCCUUGCCUCGAGUCGCCUGGCUUCUUAGCCUGA